GGGACGUUCCCGGAAAAAUCGCUAACCGGAAAGGAAGGCCAGAGCCUCAGAAGAAGAAGACAGCCGUCUCCGAUGAGACCAACGAAAGAAGAAAAAGUACUCUCCCACUGGUGAGGUCUCCUCUUCCUCCGGCUCAUCUACCUGCCUGACCGAACUUGCCCCCCCCCCCCCCCCUGUCUGUCUCAGCCUCAUCUACCCCCUGCACCGACCCAGGCCUCGAGUCAACCAGACCUCCUCCCUCUUCUCCCGACUUCUUCUCCUUUCUCCUGAUUAAAAGAACUGCGCUAUGGCAGGGCGAGGCGGACCAGCACGGACCAACGGCACCGCAGCGAGCAACAAGAUCUGCCAGUUUAAGCUGGUGCUGCUGGGGGAGUCCGCGGUGGGGAAGUCCAGCUUGGUGCUGCGCUUUGUCAAGGGCCAGUUCCACGAGUACCAGGAGAGCACCAUCGGAGCUGCCUUCCUCACACAGACGGUAUGUUUGGAUGACACAACAGUGAAGUUUGAGAUCUGGGACACUGCCGGACAGGAGCGAUAUCACAGCUUGGCGCCCAUGUACUACAGGGGAGCCCAGGCCGCCAUCGUGGUCUACGACAUCACCAACACAGAUACAUUCACACGUGCAAAGAACUGGGUGAAGGAGCUCCAGCGACAAGCCAGCCCGAACAUUGUGAUCGCACUGGCAGGAAACAAAGCCGACCUGGCCAACAAGAGAGCCAUAGAUUUCCAGGAAGCACAAGCAUAUGCAGAUGACAACAGUUUGCUCUUCAUGGAAACUUCCGCCAAGACUGCUAUGAAUGUCAAUGAGAUUUUUAUGGCUAUAGCCAAGAAGCUUCCUAAGAACGAGCCUCAGGGUGGAGCGGGGACCGGCGGGCGGGCCCGAGGCGGCGUGGACCUGCAGGAAGCUGCACCGCAGGGCAGGAGUGGCCAGUGCUGUGGGGGCGGGAACUAACCAACACAACCAAUCAACAGCUUCGAUCAACCAGACCAGAGAUUAGCCUGCUGUCAAACAAUGUCCCAAUGGUCGAACCACUCCACGGUCGGACCAACCACCCAAUGAGCAACACGGCACCAAUUAACUGUUAGGCAAACGAGUCCACUGGCCAGUAACCUGCCAGACCCCUCUGACGGUUGAACCAAGAAAACAACCCACAGGCCCAUUUGCAGAAUCAUGUUUUAACCCCAGGACUUGCCAAUCCAUGACCUCUCGAUUGAUGAUGGACACUUGACGUCACCUUUAAGGGGAAAAAAACAAAACAUCCCAAUCAUGGAAGAAGGAAAAAAAAAAACGUCAUUAACACAGAUGACACAUCAUAGCGCCACCUUGCUCACCUUUUGUUUCUGUAUUUGUGUAGAAGAUAAAAAAGAAAGCAACAGGAAUGAAUAUAAACCGGCUCAUUGGCCCCGUCCUUUCUCUUCUGCUUCCCAAUGCUCCAUAAAGUUCUUAAGUGUUUCCAUCAUGGUCUUAUGACACUGCUCAGACCUCCAGGUGCAUGCAGCAGCCCUUCACUUUUCUGUCUUGUUCCUGGUCAUCUGAAGAGAGAAGGUGGAGAACAGGAAUGGACAGAUAAUUCCUUCUUGAUAAAGAUGUGUAGAUUGAAUUAUUACAUUGUUAUUGUUAUCACUAUUAUUAUUAUUAUUAUUAUUACUUCCACUUCUUAUGACACAGGCUGUUCAGUUUGAUUUUAAAACCUUUAUGGUCUUACAAUCAUCCAUCUUUGUUAUCAAACCAUAAACAGUAAAUAGUUCUUUAUUAACAUUGUCACCCAUAAGUAAUUUUAGCAUUAAUGUAAUGUUUUUGAAUCAUGAGUGUACAAUGACAAAUACAUAAAGCAAGAUUUGUUUUCUUGACCAAAAUCACAACUGUGUGUUGACAACGUUGCUGUAUUUGUAUCAGACUUUUCAAGUUUAUAAUCAAUCAGUAGUUAUCGUCAAAACAAUAUGUUCCCAAUCUCUACAUGAUGUUUAACUUUAAUUUGUGAUGGAUUUUUUACGUGUUAAUUUUUUUUCUUCUGAAAUCUAUGGUAUUAAAUGCACUGGUUCUGUCUCAUCAUCUUGUGUAUUGAGAUGUUAUCCCCUUUUCUUUUCUCUGUCUUUGUUUUCACUCUUCAUAUCAAGGGAGGGGUUGGUUUCAACUGUACUGUCAUCCUGUUAUGGAAUCAACAACUAGCACAACAGUACCUGCACAGCAGCCACUCCUGUGCAGGUGGGUGGGGGGAUAAUGGGGAGAGUGAGUAAUGGGUAAAGAAACAAGAAAAUAUAUGUAAUUUUACCAAUAAACAAGGGCAGGGCAUAAUAUC